GAUGUUCUUGAGGUUUUGACGGUAGACUGUCUGACAUUUAUCAAACCACACGUGAAGCCACAGCAUUAUGGCCAUAAAAACUCGUGAAUUCACCAUAAUUUUCCUGUUUUUUGUGAUUUUAAAUGGCAAUCAGGGGCAAAUGCAUCCACCACCAUCGCCAUUGACACUCCAAUUGAUGAUGGAAUACGCCAAGUUCAGAUUCUGGGAGCAGAUUGUGUUAUUUGAUGAUUUAUCGAACGGGAAUAAUGAAAUUUUAUACUAUGCAAGACCCCUCAUAAGUUGCCUGAGUGAUCAAGGAAUGAGUAUAUCAAUUCAAUCAACACUCACAAAUAAACUACCAGAAGCCCUGAAUAUUCGAAGACACAGAGUUGGAGCAAUCGUUCUCCUCGAUCGAUUGAAUCACACGUCAGCAGAAAAUGUUUUGAAAACAGCGUCGAGCAAACGACUGUUUGACUAUUAUAUAUCCUGGUUGUUAAUAACAACCGACUCCAAUGACGCGAGUAUCGAUCUGAUUCUGAGGAAUUUGACGAUUGGAAUCAAUUCGGAUGUUGUCGUUGCAACCUCAAGUGCCAGUGCUUAUAACGUCAGGAAAGAGAUAUUUAAUUACAAGAACAGACAGUUUCGAGAAUACAUAAAGACCUACAAUUUCAAGUGGGAGAAUUCGAAUGAAGUAAUCCCUGAGAAUGUAACGAGAAACCUGGAGUACUCGUUGAUGGAAAAUCGAUCGAUAUCGUUCUACCUCGUUCACACGUACAAAAUAAGGAUCAAUGACAAUUCAAGUCUUGUGGUGGAUCCACUGGGAUACUGGAAUCCUGGAGCUCCGAUGCUCAAACUCCCAAUAAAUGUCGCCCUCAGGAACAAUUUCUUCCGACUCCCCAUGAUCGUGGGCAUUCUGAAUGGCACGAGUGACAAUCAGAACGGUGAAAUAACAUCGUAUGAGGAGGAACCGAGUGAGGACCAACCAAUGAACGAUUUUAUUGAUUUUCUUGCGCACAGUUUGAAUGCUAGCUUAGAAAUAGUGCCGCACGAGAAACUGGGUACCCUGACUAACAAAGUCUGGAGCAAUCUUCUGGGUGACGUGUACACCGGAGCUGUGGACAUUGGGCUCGGUUACAUCACAACAAACGAAGACCGCCGCCGAGACAUGAGCUUCACUCAUCCUCUGAUACGUUACACGAGAAACAUCUACAUACGACCACCAGAGUCUGGCACAAUGAGGGACAUAUUUCUUCAGCCUUUCAACAAUCAUUUGCUCCUUUGUGUUGCACUCAUGCAGUUUUUUAUUAUUGUCACCAUUGGCUCGAUCAAUUAUGCGGCUAAUAAUGUACUCAGCAAGCGGAAGGGGAGGCAGACUGGCAUUGGGGAGGCCACAUUGUGGUGUACUAGUAUUAUGUGCAUGCAAGGCUCUCCUUGGAACCCGUCCACCCUCUCCGGUAAAACCGCUCUCUUAGCAAGCCUAAUAUUCGCCCUCGUGACGUACAACGCAUACGCAGGCUUCAUCACCUCGAUUUUAUCGGUCCAAGCGACGGGUAUAAAAACCCUGGACGAUCUCCUGCACAAUAAUUUCAAGCUGGGGUACAGCGAUGUGGACGAUGAGUACAUGCGAAACGCGAAUGACAGUGCGUUGCGUCAAUUGUAUAUCAAGGCGUUCAACGGACGUGAGUCACGAUUGAGCACCAGCAAGGGUCUCCAGAGGGCUGUGGGGGGGAGGUAUGGGUUCUUCGCGAGUGCCACCCUAGCCCGACGGGCCCUCAGAACGUCUCUGAUACACGAGAGAUGCUUGCUCAAAGAAAUUGAGAUUGAACACACUUUUACGACCGUUGCAUUGCCCAUGGCACAGUACAGCCCUUACGAGAAGAUAAUUAAUUUGAGUAUAUUAAAAAUGGAUGAGCGCGGGGUUAUCGACAAAAUCCGACAGAGAAUGCUGCCUGAUAUGCCAAGGUGCCAAGAUGCUACGACCUUUCACAGUGCUAGAAUUGCAGAUGUUUACUCAGCAUUUAUCAUCCUCGCCAUUGGUAUCAUCACAUCACUCUUCCUGGGAGUGAUAGAGCGCCUUUGGAAUCAGCGGAAAAUGUUUCUCGCUAAGAUCAUCGGAAGGGUCACUUCCCGGAAGAGCGUCGAGGCCCCGAAAAAUCACUCAGUGAAUCAUAAUUUUCACGGGGCUUCAGUCACUUGGUGGAGACAUUCCGUGGGAAAAAAUUCUAGAUUGCAUCAGGGAAAACGGUUUCAUAGAGCUUUUAAGCUCGGAACUUUCCCAUUUCAUCAUUGAAUAUUUCCUGUGCAUUCUCUUUUGAUUUCGUUUAUUCAAUUCAAUUAUUUUAUUGAAUCAUUAACUUCAUUUAUCGUGAAGAAAGUAGAUGAAAAAUGUAUCCAAAUCAUUACGGACUUUCUGAUCACAUGCAAAACCAAUAUUUUCAGUUUUUUAAUUUUUCAACUAAAUUGCGUGGAAAAAAUUUGAAA